CCACCGCUGCUGCUGUUGCUGCUCCUGCGCCCCGACUUUACCCCAGCCGUGAGCGCCGCGCCCUUUGAGCCCACCUGGGAGUCGCUGGACGCGCGUCCGCUCCCCGAGUGGUUCGACCAGGCCAAGUUCGGCAUCUUCAUCCACUGGGGCGUCUUUUCCGUGCCCAGCUUCGGCAGCGAAUGGUUUUGCUGCAAGACACAGGGAAAGGACACGCGUGACUGAAGACCGGCACAUGACAGUGGUUGCUGCCAAGUGUGGCCCUUGGUGGUCUUAGCGCCCAGAAGAGCCUCCUGGUCAUCUUUGGGGGAGCCUCGCUGACUGUGGAUUUGCUUAUCAUGUGCAAAUACGCUGAGGAAAGGAGAGGAGAUGGAUAAAGUAGAGGUUGGGGCAGAGACAACUCCAUGAGGACUGGCGCUGCUGGGCUCUCUGAGGUGGUAUUGGCAAAACCAAAAGAUACCAAAAUAUGUGAACUUUAUGAAAGAUAAUUAUCCUCCAGAUUUUAAAUAUGAAGAUUUUGGACCACUCUUUACAGCAAAAUUUUUUAAUGUCAGCCAGUGGGCAGAUAUUUUUCAGGCCUCUGGUGCCAAGUAUAUUGUCUUGACUUCCAAACAUCACGAAGGCUUUACCUUGUGGGGUUCAGAGUACUCCUGGAACUGGAAUGCUGUAGACGAGGGCCCGAAGAGGGACAUUGUCAGGGAACUUGAGGUGGCCAUUAGGAGCAGAACCAACCUGCAUUUUGGACUGUACUAUUCCCUUUUUGAAUGGUUUCACCCACUGUUUCUUGAGGAUAAAUCCGGUUCCUUCCAGAAGCAGAAGUUUCCGGCUGCUAAAAUGUUGCCCGAGCUCUACGAGUUAGUGGUCAAGUACCAGCCCGAGGUGCUGUGGUCUGAUGGAGAUGGAGGGGCGCCGGAUUCCUACUGGAACAGCACCGGCUUCUUAGCCUGGCUGUACAAUGAGAGCCCAGUUCGGGACACAGUGGUCACCAAUGACCGCUGGGGAGACCGCUGCAUCUGUAAGCACGGGGGAUACUACACCUGCACGGAUCGCUAUCAUCCGGGUCAUCUCUUGUUCCAUAAGUGGGAAAACUGCAUGACAAUAGACAAGUUUUCCUGGGGCUACAGGAGAGAUGCUGAAAUCACGGAUUACCUCACGAUUGAAGAACUGGUGAAGCAACUUGUGGAAACGGUUGCAUACGGAGGAAAUCUUCUGAUGAACGUCGGGCCCACAUUGGAUGGCACCAUUUCUGCCAUUUUUGAGGAGCGAUUAAGACAAAUGGGGACCUGGUUAAAAGUCAACGGGGAAGCCAUUUACAAAACUCACCCUUGGCGAUUCCAGAAUGAAACUUUCACCCCAGAUGUGUGGUAUACAUCUAAACCUAAGGAAAAAUUAGUCUAUGCCAUUUUCCUUAAGUGGCCCAUUUCAGGACAGCUGGUUCUUGCCCAACCCACUGCUAUUCCAGGGGAAACAGAGGUAAAACUACUGGGACAUGCACAGCCACUUUUCUGGACUUCUUUGAAGCCAAAUGGCUUGAUGGUGCAAUUGCCACGGCUAAGCAUUCAUCAGAUGCCCACUAGGUGGGGCUGGGCUCUCAAACUAACGAACAUGAUGUAAGUGCAGCUGAGAGGCCCCUGCUGCAGUUACCUCUGAACUUGGAAAUGGCAGGUUUCUAUAAUUGUACUACAUGGAGAACGCUAAUGUAAAACUGAUCAAUAAAAAUCAAGAAACUAUUUAGGAAAAUUCUUUCCUAACUUAUUUCCUAAGUUUUCCCUAUUUAACAUUACUAUUUUAAUUUUCCAGUGUACUUUGCCGUUGAAGUUUCUCCAAACUGAAUCUUUUUUCAUGUGUGAGUCAGAGGUGGAAAUGUUUCUGUUUUAUCCUACCUAGGAACUAUUGGUGCUAUCAAUUGAAUUCCUCCCCCCCCCCAUUCUUAUGUUGAAGCCCUAACAGAAGUGUGACUGUAUUUGGAAACAGAGCCUUUAAAGAAGUAAUUAAGGUUAAAUGGGGUCAGAAGGGUGAGGCUCUAAUCCAGCACAACAGGUAUUCUUAUGAAGGAAAGAGACAGAGAAGCCCUGUAAAAAGAUAUAUCAAGAAGGUGACCAUGUGCUAGGGCAAGGAGAGAGGUGCCAGAAGAAUCCAAAUCUGCUGACAUCCUGAUCUGGGACUUCUGGCCUCCAGAACUGUGUGAAAAUAAAUUUCUGUUGAGUUAUCUGGGCUGCGGUUUUUGUCAUGGCAGCCCUGGUUUACAAUGUAGGUGGUAUCCAAUAAACUUGGGCUUAUAUACAUUUCCAA